GGGGGGGAGGCUGAGGAAAUAUUACAGCCACUGCUGAAACAGCAGGUUGGCUGCUGAUCUGUGGGCAUUGUCAUGCAGGUGCUGCACUCCAAGGCCCAUAAAGCUGAGGAGAGGUUUAGCAAGAGCUUAUGGAUACUUGUAGUAACAAGUGUAGUUAUUAGCUGGCUCACAUCUUCGAAUGGAGAGCCAACAGGGUAGAAGACAAAGAUAAGACGAAAGCAAAUAAUGUUUUUUUCUCAUAACGGGUUUAGGGAGCUAUAGCGUUCUUGAAAGUUGUUUUUUUUAUGUGAAAGUUAAAAAUACAGUGGCUUAUUGCAUAGUACAGUCAUUGCAAAAUACAUUGCAGGCAGUUUGAUCCUACUGAAUAGUAUUCAUGUCAGUCCUACGGAGACGGAACAGAUGAUUACUCUGUGUUUGCCUUGCACAGGGCAAGCUAACCUUCCCUGGUGGGUGGUGCUUUUGUAUCUGCUUCAAAGGCUCAGGUACUAGUUUGUGCUAAGGUUACUAUCGUUCAGUAUUACUUUGCUUUUCACAGUGCAUUGGCUUUAUUCAGUAAUAUUAUUGUAAUAUUGCCUGAUGUGAUGUGUUAAAUGCACCUAUAGUUCUCCCCUGAACAUGUAUGCAGGUUUGCUUUUAGCUGCUGCUGCUUGUUGUCAGUUUGCUUCUGUUCCCCAUGGUUUUAUGAUCUAUGACUCCUUUUAAAUUGAGAGGGUGAAGACUUGGGAACUGUAGAAUAAGACUUGCUGAAAAUGAAAAGCCAAGUUAGUGAUGUCUGCAUUGUAUCCACUAGUAUCGUGUUUUCUGAAAUCCUCUGCCCAGGGAGCACUCUUGUUUGGGCUGGCUCAUAGAGAAACUGGUAGCCUUGCAUGCUGUGUUGCACCUCACUGAACUCUUGAUUUCACAAGUUAACAAGGUUGUGUUGUCUUUCUUCAGUGCUGUUCCAUAGCAGUAACGCGAGGUAAGGAAUUGCUCCUUAUUGUCUGUAGCAGCUGCUGCUUGUUCUCCACAAUGUCACAUCAGUUCUAGCCAUAACAUCUUGUUUACAAUAAUCCCACAAAAUGUUCUUACUCUUGCAGGGCAUAGGUGAUUGUUUCAAUGUUAUUCCUUCUCUCCGCAGGCAAAGGAAGUCCACAGCUUCUUCCCUGAACUAGACAGCUACGUGUGAUUUAACUUGUGGAAUCUUGCUUGGACUCAUCCGUAUGGGAAAUUUGGCCAGAAAUUUCCUGUCAUAGAAACAGUGGUGAUGCUGGAGAACUGCUUGUAAGGUACAGUCUCUUGGAUAAUAUCGGAUGCUGAGACAGAAAGAUGUCUUUCCAGAUGAAGAGGCUGAGUCCUUUCCUGUGCAAGAGCUCAAGUGCAAGGGCUGCCCAAAAUGUUGUGUCCCCAAAGACGAGUCACAGCCUAUCCAGUCAGUGUAAAGGAGGUGCCAAAUUGCUGGUGUUUCAGUGGUGAACAACAAUUGCCAACUUUGAAAUUGACAUCAAGCCUUGAGAUCCAACGUGGGAGUUUUGAUCUCAAAGCACGCAUCCUUAGAAGGGAAGCUAUUUCAGUGGAUGCAAAUAGCAUCAGCUGUGAACUCCACAUAGCAUAAGAAGAGCAGGGAAUAUGUGGAAGAAGAAUAAAGGAAAGGCUAAGGAGGGAUUUCAUCUUGUGCAGCUGAUGGGCACGUGAGAUGCAGCUGCUAUCCUAGAAAUGAUACAUCUACAGAGAGGAGAGUUAUUUAUUUCAGUCUCUGGACACCAAACAGUUUGGAUCUGGGACUCCAGAGCUAACAGUCAGAAAGAAUCCUGAAGGGUGCUCUCACAUGCUGAAGAUACAGUCAGUGGGCCUUCAUCUCAGCUCUCCGCUUCAGAAUGUGGUGUUAUGUUCCAGCAAAAAGCCGUGAUGUAGUCCCACUGCUCACAUGCUGUCAUGGUGGUUAGUUAAGAAUGGGACAAGUGAUCCAUCCACCCAGCUCUUGGUUUGACUCAGCCUUGGAACUAGCACAUCCUAUCUGCAUCGUGCUGAUCCACUUGCUGUCAGGAGAACUGGUCCCAUCUUGGGCAGCCCUUAUGGGGUUGGGUUAUGCCCACACUGGGCGAUCCCCCCAUGUCUCUGCAUGCUGCACACCCCUCCUUUGGCCUAUGGGAGAUAAAGAGAGAGCUGCUUCCGUGCAGAGGUGGCCUCAGCAACAUGCUGUUUCAGUGCUCGCUACCUGAUUCCAUUGAGACAGUUGCAGAUGAGCCACGGAAAGUUCUGCUGCGCUUAUAUGGUGCAAUCCUGCAGAUGAGGUCCUGUAAUAAAGGAGAAUCAGAACAGUCUCAAAAGGAAAAUGACUUGCAAGGGGCAGAAGCCAUGGUUUUGGAGAGCGUUAUGUUUGCCAUUCUUGCAGAAAGAGCUCUUGGCCCAAAGCUGUAUGGAAUCUUUCCACAGGGGAGACUAGAGGAGUUUAUUCCCAGCAGGAAACUAAGUACUGAAGAACUAAGCUUGCCUGACAUAUCUGCUGAAAUAGCUGAGAAGAUGGCAAUAUUUCAUGGCAUGAAAAUGCCAUUUAAUAAAGAACCUAAGUGGCUUUUUGGGACAAUGGAAAAGUAUCUAAACCAAGUGCUGAGGAUAAAAUUUACUAGAGAAUCCAAAACUAGGAAACUGAACAAACUCCUCAGUUACAAUCUACCCCAGGAAAUGAAAAAUCUAAGAGCUAUGCUUGAGGCUACUUCAUCGCCAGUUGUAUUUUGCCACAACGACUGCCAGGAAGGUAAUAUCUUGCUUCUAGAAGGCAGAGAGAAUUCAGAAAAACAAAAGCUGAUGCUCAUUGACUUUGAAUACAGCAGCUAUAAUUACCGAGGCUUUGACAUUGGGAAUCACUUCUGUGAGUGGAUGUAUGAUUACACAUAUGAGAAGUAUCCAUUCUUCAAAGCUAGCGUUCUUAAAUAUCCUUCAAAGAAGCAACAGCUUCAUUUUAUCUCCAGUUACCUGUCUGCAUUCCAAGAUGGUUUUGAAAAUCUGAGCAAUGAAGAGAAGUCCAAACUAGAAGAAGAUAUGUUGGUAGAAGUUAAUAGGUUUGCCCUCGCGUCACACUUCUUCUGGGGUUUGUGGUCUAUUAUACAAGCAAAGAUCUCAUCCAUUGAAUUUGGUUACCUGGAAUAUGCAUUAUCCAGAUUCGAUGUGUACUUUGAUCAGAAGAAGAAGCUCCAAGUAUGAAUGUGGGAGGAGUGGCCUGGUGGUUAUUGUAUGAAGAGGGCAGCUGGACAGAACUUUCACCGUGCUUAGGCUACUGUAUCUGUAACGAAGGUGUUGCUGACUUCCAAUUCCUUGGAAGGCAGGAGUACAAUACUGAAGACUGUAUAAAAAUGACUUGUUUACAGUUUCAUAAGUAUGUGGAAUGAGAUUGAGAGGCAAAAGUAAAAUACAACAGUGCAAUAUCUUAAAAUCCUUUUAAUCUAGAAUUUAAUCUAGAAGGUAUUUUAUAUUCUGGGAGAAGCUUACGAUUAAGUAUCAAUACCACCUGCAUCGGAGCAAACAGUGUUACUGUGUGUUUUCUAGGGGUUUGUUGUCCAUGAUGACCAAUGUUGUAAGCAGAACAGCUGUGAAGGCGAUACAUUGCAGAUGUUGCCUCUUAAUGAGAAGGAAAAGCAAAGGCGACAACUGUUACACUGUGAAGUAGGCUUCAAAUCUUACUGUGAGAUUAGGUUCAACAUGCCCCGUGAACACUAUCUUCAAAGCUGCUGAUACCUUACACCCCUUUAACCAUAAAGCAAGGAAACACAUUGAAGCUGUGUGCUUUCAAGUGUUAUCUGCAUAUACGUGAAUGUUUCUCUUAAGCUGGUGUGCCUGUGAAGUAUGAAUGAACUUUGAACUGGACAUUCCAAAGGAGUUUGUCUUCACCCGUUCGUUCCUCAUGCUCCAAGAACAUGCUUUAGCCCAGCCUGCUCGUCUCCUAAAAUGCUGCGUCCAGCACGGGGGGUUCUGUGGGCGGUCAGCACUGGGAAGAGUGCCUUGAAUUACUCUAGCUACUCCCCAGACAACUGGACUGACACUGACGAGACUUACAAACCAAAUCCCAUCUCUCUUCUUGACUGGUGUUGCCUCGGUACGUGGCUGUAAGAAACAGUAGAGCCAAAGACUGCGGAGAACACUUCAGGAAGUCGCUGUUCUGCCCGUCCAAUGCUUAUGUGGCUUGGGAGGUGCUUUUCUUGUGCCUCCCAUUUCCAUCAUGUUCCAGCAAUGCAGUAAAGUGGGGCGUCUCGUGGGGAACAAUAACAUGUAUAUUGAAACUUGAGUAUAAUCUGUGUACAUGUCAUCCGAAGAUUUCUUCAGACUUUUGGGAACUUGUUUAUUUUGAACGUUAUUUGUUGUGCUUUCUAACACACUGUAUUAUAAAUAAUAAACUUUUAAGUCUACCCUUUUUUCAUUUGUAUAGCAAAUACUGUUCCAAGCAGUUGAAGAAAAAUGUGCAGCAUUUCAUGUACUGUAUUGCAUAACUUGUAAAAGCUGUCGGUUUAUUCUCUAGUAUAGAGAAUCAUUUUGCAUACACAGUUAUUAAUGCUUUAUAAUAAAUAUAAAAGCACUUGAAAAGA